GAAAACCAAAGUAUGGUUACAGAAUUUAUCCUCCUGGGAUUUGGAGAAAACCCUGACCUUCAGAUAUUUCUUUUUCUGAUAGUCCUGAUUAUCUACAUGGGGACCAUGGUUGGGAACAUCCUCAUUGUUGCUCUUGUUGUGGCUGAUCAACACCUGCACACACCCAUGUACUACUUCCUGGGAAAUCUGUCCUGUCUGGAGACUUUCUACAGUUCUACCAUCCUCCCCAGGAUGUUGACAAGUUUUGUGACUGGAGACCGAUCCAUAUCUUUCAUUGGCUGUUUUCUACAGAUGUAUUUCUUUGGUUCUUUUGCCGCAACAGAAUGUUUCCUCUUGUCUGCCAUGUCAUAUGACAGAUACUUGGCCAUCUGCAAACCUUUGCACUAUACAACACUUAUGAACAAUAGAGAUUGCCUCCAUUUAGUUGUUGGGUCUUGGAUAAGUGGCUUUCUAGGAAACACUAUAUUAUUUCCUCUGCUGAAGUUAACCUUCUGUGGGAAAAAUGACAUUGACCAUUUCUUUUGUGACUUCAACCCUUUGCUAAAAUUAGCAUGCAGUGACACUCAUAAAAUAGUAAUUUUUGCUUUCAUAAUUGCUUGCAUAUUCACAUUGCCCCCUUUUCUCUUGACUGUGACAUCAUAUGUUUGCAUCAUUGCCACCAUCCUGAGAAUCCCCUCUUCUGUAGGAAGACAGAAGGCUUUCUCCACCUGCUCUUCCCAUCUCAUUGUGGUUACCAUCUUCUAUGGGACACUGAUGAUAGUCUAUAUGCUGCCCAACACUCAGUCACUGGGAGACCUGAACAAAGUCUUCUCAGCCUUUUACACAGUCUUGACUCCUAUGGCCAAUCCCCUUAUAUACAGUCUGAGAAAUAAAGAGGUGAAACAGGCUUUGAAGAAGGUUCAGGAAAAAAUAACUCCAGCUAGAUUCCUCAGCUAA